AUGGGGGUCCACAUCGCUCACAGGCUCAGACACUCGGCUGUAUUUUCUCGGCCCGAGGGACCGGAUAGCAGACUUCCCGUCCCCAAGGUCCUGCUGUCCUCAGAGGACAGCGCUGAGCCAUCAGACACAGAGAGGACCACUCCUGCACUCAUUUCUGCCUUUUUGCCUGAAUUCCCACACAGCACAUUUCCUGGACAAGACCAUUUCCAGAUCCUGGGUUUCAUAGCCAAGGGGUCAUUUGGACCAAUCGUGAAGGUCAAGGAUGUUCUUAAAGAGAAGACUUACGCUGUUAAGGUUUUACCAAAAUCAGAGAUCUUGAAGCAUGGAGUGCAGAAGCAGUCAAAAGAGGAAGUUAUCAUUCAGCGGCAGCUCAAACAUCCAUUUAUCCACAAUCUGCAGGAGUGCUGGCAGACACAGCACCAUCUCUUCAUUAUGUGUGACUACUGUGACACUGGAGACCUGUACACUUACUGGUUACUGAAAGGCCAGUUCAGUGAAGAUGAGGUUCGGCUCUUUGCUGCGGUGCUGGGCAGCGCGUUGGGAUAUCUACAUGACUUAGGGAUCAUGCAUAGAGAUAUAAAGAUGGAGAACAUCCUUUUGAGUGACCAAGGUCACCCUCGUUUGUCUGAUUUUGGACUGUCACGUCGUCUGUCACGUGGAGAAAAAGCAUUUACAAUAUGUGGGACAAUCCAAUACAUGGCUCCUGAAGUUCUAAGUGGGGGUCCAUACAACCAUGCUGCUGACUGGUGGUCUCUUGGUAUUAUGUUGUUCUCACUGGUGACAGGAGAGUUUCCAGUAGCUGCGGAGCCAGACCACAUUACUAUGCUGAGCAAAGUCAGAGAGUUUUCCUAUGUGCUACCCGAGACCUUCAGCUCUGCUCUGAUAUUACUGCUCACCGAGCUGUUGUGCAAGAAUCCAGUGAACCGCCUUCGUAACCUGGAUUGUUACAAAAUGCAAGCCUUCCUCCGCGGCAGUUCGUUUGACUCUCACAUCCUCCAAAAGACACCUGUUGAAUUCAUCCUCGAGCUCAGGGCUCAUCCCGAUUGGUCAGCCAAAGCGACGAGAGGCCUUUCACUAGAUUACUUUAAUGACUUUGACUGUGAUAAAAUCCUUCACUCUCCCACAACUCCCUCUGAAAUGUCUCUACCUGUGACUAACAUGGACCUAAACUAA